AUGCCAGGAGGAAACUUCAAACCAGGGACGAGAAAGAAUGUUUCCCUCACACCGCCCCGUUUCCCCUGCCAUGGCUCGCGGCUCAACUUCCCCAUCUCGACAACGGGCCGGCUUAACCUCGGUAUGGUAGUAUUUCCUCAGGGUCCGGUCCCCCUUGGCCACAAACAUGGCCCGCCCACCAUCCGCAAGCUCUCCCGCCGUCUCUCCACCAUCCUCACGCCCUGGCAGACCCUCGUCGUCACCCUCCUCUACCUCUACGUCGCCCGCAACCUGGGCAAGCUCCUGGGCCUCGAAUGCCCCGAGCCCCUCGCCAACCUCUACACCCGCUCCUACUUCCGCGCCACAUGGGUGACCAUCGCUCUCGACGCCGGCUUCUGGUCCGCCAUGCGCAUCAAGAGGAAGUGGCUGCGCGACCUGGCCAGCGUGGUGUUCACGGUCUACUACCUCAUUGCUGCAGAGCAGGCCGAUGAGAAGGUCAGGAAGGUCAGGGGCAUGCUGACCGUCGAGCAUCUGAGGGUGAGCUGGAACAAGGGGACGACGCCCUACCUCAACUUCUUGACGACCUUGAUGCGCCCAAGAUUCAUGAGAUACCCGCCGCGGCAGAUUCGGAUCCCCAGACCCCCCAAUUCCGACUACAAGGAGCCGGUCAGCGGCUGGCUGUACUUCGACGGGCCCCUCUCCGCCUUGAAGACCCACACCAAGGUGGUGCUGGAUAUACCGGGGGGCGGUUUCGUGGCCAUGGAUCCCCGCACCAACGACGACAAGCUGUUUGCGUGGGCUGGGAAGACGGGGCUACCCGUGCUGAGUCUGGACUAUCGCAAAGCCCCCGAAUACCCAUACCCGUAUGCGCUGAACGAGUGCUUCGACGUCUACAGCACCAUCAUGGCGAGCCGAGGACGGUGCCUGGGCCUGUCAGGCGAGGUGAUCCCGAAGAUGGUGAUCACAGGCGACAGCGCCGGCGGGAAUCUGGCGACGGCGCUCACCGUCAUGAUCAUCGAGGCCGGGUCGACGAAUGGCCGGCAGGUUCUCGGGCAGCGCUCCCUGCCCAUCCCGGAAGGCCUGGUUCUGGUAUACCCCGGUUUGGACAUGAAUAUCGGGAAUUGGAUGUCAGACGAGCAAAUGUCGUUGAUCAAAGAUCGACGGUCUCGAAAGACCAACCGGACCUUCAUUCGGCAAAAGAGUAUGCAAUACAACAUGGCAGCCGGAACCCCCCACCACUCCGAAGACGAGGACAAAACGCCUCCAAAGGUGACCACGCCCCCUCUCACCGCCAGCCCAGCACCCCUCGCCAUCAGCCUGCCCACACCCCAAUUUUCCACGGCCGCCCCCACCGUCCUCUCCCCCGGGCUUCCCCGUACGGACGCGCCCCCGCAACGCUCUCCAUCACACCACCCCGAGCCCCUCAAGACGCGCCUCGCCAUGUCCAGCAUGAUAUCCUACUUUAAUGACCGCAUCCUCACCCCCGAAAUGAUGCGUGCUAUGAUCAUCCUCUACAUCGGGCCACACAAUCGCCCCGACUUUUCACAGGACUACUUGCUCUCCCCCAUCCUCACCCCCGACGCCGUGCUCGCCCAGUUCCCCAAGACGUACCUCCUCACCGGCGAGCGCGACCCGCUGGUCGACGACACCGUCAUCUUUGCCGGCCGCUUGAGACGCGCGAAAGAAGCGAACCACCUCGCCGAACCAGCUUCCACGCACGGAAUGCACCGGGAAUUCGACGAUAGAGACGUCGUGGAAGUGGUGCUCAUCCCGGGCAUCUCCCACGGCUUCCUGCAAUUCGUCGGCGCCUUCCCUGAGGGCUGGAAGUACAUCUUUCGCUGCUCCCGCUGGAUCGAUCACAUCUUCGCGGCUUCCGAGGAGCGGGAACGCAGUGGUGGUGUGUUGACCCCGGGCGGGUACGUGCACCAUCAGCGGCGGAGGACGGGAGAGAGUUCGGGCGACGAAGAUAUGGGGUUGGAGAUGAGCAUGACUGCCAAGAGUAAGAGUAGAGAGGCGGCGCGGAGGGGCGAUGAGAGGAAGAGGAAGGAGAAUCUGUUGAAAGAGCAGCUGCGGGAACGAAGUGAGGGGAAGAAGAAGGCAGGCCUGCAGAGCAAGAGGAGCAUGGUUAAACUGGCUAGUUCGGAUGAUCUGCUGGGGCGGAGAAUGUUGGGACUUGCGGGCCCGUUAACGGGAAGGGGGAGUACGCCGGAGGAGCUUUAA